UUUCCUUCUAUUUGUCUGUAUUCUCUUUUUCGUUGAUAUAAGAAAACAAAAUUACAUAAUAUAAACAAUCUGCAACAGCUCUGACAUGGUGUGGUGUUUCAGGGGAAUUUCGACAUUCAAGUCAGUGGUUUUAAGUUCGAUAGAUCUAUCGUUAUAUGGGUCAUACGCUAGAACAAAUUCGUACAAGUGCUCCCUCUUCCCUAGUGCCAUUUGAGAAUGGGAUAUGUUGCCUAAAUCAGCCAGGAAAACCAACGACUUAGCAGAGAUUAAGUCAUUGAUUAAUAUGCACGACAAGAUUGACACAUUAAAUGCGAAGGACAAUUAAAAUAAAAUUCAAGGAAAUGCUGACAUGGACUGUUUAAAUCUCUCUAUGACCAAUGGAGAUUUCACCGCUGGACACUUCAUAGCAACGUCACUAGACAAAUCUCACUUCUACAAUCUAGACAUCGAUAGUGACGAUGAGGACAUUAUUUCUGAAGAUUCUCAUUUUGUCUCCUCCGGUACAGAGCAUAAUGGAGCACAAAAUAGAGUACAUGGUGAGAAUUUCAAUUUGAGAACUGUAACGCCAGAUAACAUCGAGCGCAUUAAUGUUCCUCCCCAGGUAGAAGAUUCUGAAUAUAAUAACCAAUGUAUUCACGACUCCAUUAAGCCAUCAGAGGUACAGGCGCGUGAAAAGACAGUGAUUUUCGAUGUCAAACCCACAAAAACACUGGACGAUAAUGAUAAAGUUCGGAUUUCUUGUGACCUGAAACAGGAAAAGGAACAAAAUGAUGUUGAUAAUUACAAGAACGACACUGGACCACUUCCGGAUCACCUGAAUGAUGAACGAUGCCUUCAUCCAGUUUGUGAACAUGAUGCCGCAAAAUUAGAUAGAUGUCAGUUGGUUGACGUCAGUCAUGAUCACUUCAUUACGCAAGAUGUUGAUGGCGAUGAUUUAGAUACUGGCUUAUCGAGGAUUAAAGGAACGAUAGAGGCUAGGUCAACUAGUACUGUGACUUACUCCAGUAGCUGUCCCUCAAAUGAUCACACGAAAGGUGACAGUGAAGUUAAACAAGACGAAACUAAAAGCACUUCUAAAUCGACUUUGCGAUCAAACACCCACGAAGAAGACACUUCCAUAUCUUCAGAAAAUAUCCAAGCAGCACAAAAUUACACCUACCCAUCCCCUGGACAAGAAAUAAGAGAGGUAAUUGGUACAUCGAUACCACGUGACAAUUUAGAAACUACACGAUUAAAAUAUAGAAGUGAUUCCCCAGAAUUCAUUUCAAAAGAUUUACAAGAGUUUUCUACAGAUAAAAGCCGAACAACAUUAGUAUCAAAUACAGAAGACAUUCGUUGUAUGUAUUCAGUAAGUUCCAAAAUGGUUAGCCAAGAAUUGUGUAAACAAAUUUAUGAUACUAGUGAUUCAGAUUCUAGCGAUGAUAUUCAAAAUGCUACAUCGCUGACAGAAGAUAAACACUAUUUUCUCGAAUGCGGUGUAGAUAAUGACAGUAAGAAUGAACUCUUGGUUAUGGAAUCACUCAGUGGAGUUGUGAAAGAAGAAAUUCAUGAAAGAACUUCCUGUCAAGACACUUUCGCUUCAGUUUUUGAAAACAAUCUCCUUGAAAAAGAAAAUAUAACAGUCUUUUUGAAACCAGAUAGCAAUGAUGUUCCGCUUCAGGCUCGGGAUAUUGCAUUAAGUUCUGCUCCAAAAGAGAGAGCACCGAUACAAGUUUUAGACACAGUGCAAGUGCAAGAAGGGCGUGAGAAGGACUCGGAGAACACAUUUUUACUGUCAUUAACAAAUAAACAGGCUCUUCUCUCAAGCGGGCUGACGAAUGAAAACAGCGAGGUGUCAGCAUCGUACAUGGUCGUGUCUACAUUAACUGCAAUAAAAGAAAUCGAAGCGGGACAAAUAUCUGAAACAAAAGAGACUUCAACGGCAGAGGUAUCAUCGCAUAAAAUACUGCAUGCUACAUCGUCAACUUUGAUAGAAACAUCAUCAAAAGAAGUUUCAAAAUCAGACACUCAAGAGACUCUGUCAUCUGAAACAGACGAUGUAACAACACCAAUAAGUUUCAAUAAUUUAGAACCAAAAUGCAUAUCGUCUUCAGCAUUUAUUCAUUCACCCCGAUUAGAGUCAAACAGAAUAAACAUUGAAAGCACAAAAAUCAAGGACUUAGAUGUUGACAAGGUUUCUUGGAAAUCGGAAAAGCACCAAGAGCGUAUUGCAAGUACACAGCUUUAUUACUGUGACUCCGACGAAGAAACUAACCUUGGAGAUUCAGCUGUGCAAGACAAGCAUUAUUUCCUUAAUUGCAGUGUAGACUCUGAUCAUGAAGACUCUUUGAUUGACGGAGUAGAAACGGGAAGAUUAAAUCUUGAAACAUACAUGGCAGUAACACCACCAACACAGGAGUUAUCAGGCGGAGACAAUAAAUCUAGAGCACAAUUAGAAACGUCUGCCUCCAUCUUGAAGUCACUGGAAACCCCAAAGGCAAAUGAAGUACAUCACUUAGAACUAGAAGAAAUGCCAAUGACAGUAGUAGCACCAGAAGCAGAAACGAUGUCAACACUUAAACGGUAUGAAAUUAUUGACGCUGAUCCAAAAGAAAUAACUAAACCUUUUGUAUUAACAACAACAGCAGAAUCAAAAGAAAUAACUGUCACACCAUCAAAAAGCGAAAUCGUACCAAUAUUUUUAAAAGAAAUACCGGCAUCAAAAUGUGAGCAAAUACCAAGUGAUUCAAAAGAAAUUACUGUAGAAAAAGAAAUACUAAUAAUUGAAUCAGAAGAAAUAAGUGUAGAAAAAGAAAUACCGGUACUAACAAAAGAAACAGAAGAAAUUAAUAUAGAAAAAGAAAUACCGGUACUAACAAAAGAAACAGAAGAAAUUACAGUAGAAAAAGAAAUACCGGUACUAACAAAAGAAACAGAAGAAAUUAAUAUAGAAAAAGAAAUACCGGUACUAACAAAAGAAACAGAAGAAAUUAAUAUAGAAAAAGAAAUACCGGUACUAACAAAAGAAACAGAAGAAAUUAAUAUAGAAAAAGAAAUACCGGUACUAACAAAAGAAACAGAAGAAAUUAAUAUAGAAAAAGAAAUACCGGUACUAACAAAAGAAACAGAAGAAAUUAAUAUAGAAAAAGAAAUACCGGUACUAACGAAAGAAACAGAAGAAAUUAAUAUAGAAAAAGAAAUACCGGUACUAACAAAAGAAACAGAAGAAAUUAAUAUAGAAAAAGAAAUACCGGUACUAACAAAAGAAACAGAAGAAAUUAAUAUAGAAAAAGAAAUACCGGUACUAACAAAAGAAACAGAAGAAAUUAAUAUAGAAAAAGAAAUACCGGUACUAACAAAAGAAACUGAAGAAAUUACAGUAGAAAAAAAAAUACCAACAAAGGAAUUAGGAGACAUUACAGUACAAAGAGAAAUACUAACAAAGGAAUUAGAAGAAGUAGUAUUUCCACCAGAACAAACAGUAAAACAAGUAAGGAAUCUAGAAGGAACAUUGCUAUCAGUUUUAGAAUACAUCUCUAUUUCAGACGUAAAUCUAGAAACUGAAAAAAUACCAGAAUCUAAAUCUGUAUCAAACACCAGAAUAAAUAAAAACACAGCUUCUCACAGUUCAGAAUUCGAUUUAGAAAACUUGUCAAGUAAAACAAACUUGAAAUUAAUUAACUAUAUUUAUGAUAGUGACACUAGUGAUGAGUCUGACUUUAGUCUACCUAUUAUGUCAGAUCAAAAUUAUUUUCUAGAUUGUAGUGUAGACUCUGAUGAUGGAGAUGAUUUAAUCAUUAAAGCAGAUGCUGCAGAUGAGUUUGUGACAUCAGAAGCAAUUAAUGUUACAUCUACAAAAGCAACUGAAAUUCCAUUUACAAAAGCGGCAGAUAUUGCAUUUACACAAUCAACGAAUGUAACUUUUACAGAAGCAAGACACAAAAGUAUUACUGUAGAAAUAGAAAUACCAACUAACGAAGCCGAAGAAAUUAGUGUAGAAAAAGAAAUACCAACAAAUGAACCUGAAGAAAUUAGUGUAGAAAAAGAAAUACCAACAAAUGAACCUGAAGAAAUUAGUGUAGAAAUAGAAAUACCAACAAAUGAACCUGAAGAAAUUAGUGUAGAAAUAGAAAUACCACCCAAAAAAUCAGUAAAGAAAUUAAGAAAUCUAGAAGAAACAAAAGUAUCAGAAGCAGAAGAAAUAUCAAUCUCAGAACUUAAAGAGAAAACACUAACUGAAGAAAUACCAGAAUCUAAAUCUGUAUCAAACACCAGAAUAAAUAAAAACACAGCUUCUCACAGUUCAGAAUUCGAUCGAGAAAAUUUGUCGAGUAAAACAAACUUGAAAUUAAUGAAUUGUAUUUAUGAUAGUGACACUAGUGAUGAGUCUGACCUUAGUCUACCAAGUAUGUCAGAUCAAAAGUAUUUUCUAGAUUGUAGUGUAGACUCUGACAAUGGGGAUGAUUUAAUCAAUACAGUAAAAACUGCAGUUGUACCAUCAAAUGAUCCUAAAGAAAAUACUGUAGAAAAAGAAAUACCAACAAAUGAAUCUGAAGGAAUUAGUGUAGAAAAUGAAACACCAACAAAUGAAUCUGAAGAAAUUACUGUAGAAAAUGAAACACCAACAAAUGAAUCUGAAGGAAUUACUGUAGAAAAUGAAACACCAACAAAUGAAUCUGAAGAAAUUACUGUAGAAAAUGAAACACCAACAAAUGAAUCUGAAGAAAUUACUGUAGAAAAUGAAACACCAACAAAUGAAUGUGAAGAAAUUACUGUAGAAAAUGAAACACCAACAAAUGAAUCUGAAGAAAUUACUGUAGAAAAUGAAACACCAACAAAUGAAUCUGAAGAAAUUACUGUAGAAAAUGAAACACCAACAAAUGAAUCUGAAGAAAUUACUGUAGAAAAUGAAACACCAACAAAUGAAUCUGAAGAAAUUACUGUAGAAAAUGAAACACCAACAAAUGAAUGUGAAGAAAUUACUGUAGAAAAUGAAACACCAACAAAUGAAUCUGAAGAAAUUACUGUAGAAAAUGAAACACCAACAAAUGAAUCUGAAGAAAUUACUGUAGAAAAUGAAACACCAACAAAUGAAUCUGAAGAAAUUACUGUAGAAAAGGAAACAUCAACAAAUGAAUAUGAAGAAAUUACUGUAGAAAAUGAAACACUAACAAAUGAAUCUGAAGGAAUUACUGUAGAAAAUGAAACACCAACAAAUGAAUCUGAAGAAAUUACUGUAGAAAAUGAAACACCAACAAAUGAAUCUGAAGAAAUUACUGUAGAAAAUGAAACACCAACAAAUGAAUGUGAAGAAAUUACUGUAGAAAAUGAAACACCAACAAAUGAAUCUGAAGAAAUUACUGUAGAAAAUGAAACACCAACAAAUGAAUCUGAAGAAAUUACUGUAGAAAAUGAAACACCAACAAAUGAAUCUGAAGAAAUUAGUGUAGAAAAUGAAACACCAACAAAUGAAUCUGAAGAAAUUACUGUAGAAAAUGAAACACCAACAAAUGAACCUGAAGAAAUUAGUGUAGAAAAAGAAUUACCAACAAAUGAAACAAAAGAAAUUAGUGUAGAAAAAGAAAUACCAACUAAUGAACCUGAAGAAGUUACUGUAGAAAAAGAAAUACCAUCAAAUGAUCCUAAAGAAAAUACUGUAGAAAAAGAAAUGCCAACAAAAGAAACAGAAGCAAUUACUGUAGAAAAAGAAUUACCAAGAAAUCAACCUGAAGAAAUUAGUGUAGAAAAAGAAUUACCAAGAAAUGAACCUGAAGAAAUUAGUGUAGAAAUAGAAAUACCAACAAAAGAAACAGAAGAAAUUAGUGUAGAAAUAGAAAUACCACCCAAAAAAUCAGUAAAGAAAUUAAGAAAUCUAGAAGAAACAAAAGUAUCAGAAGCAGAAGAAAUAUCAAUCUCAGAACUUAAAGAGAAAACACUAACUGAAGAAAUACCAGAAUCUAAAACUGUAUCAAGCACCAGAAUAAAUAAAAACACAGCUUCUCACAGUUCAGAGUUGGAUCUAGAAAAUUUGUCGAGUAAAACGAACUUGAAAUUAAUGAAUUGUAUUUAUGAUAGUGACACUAGUGAUGAGUCUGACCUUAGUCUACCAAGUAUGUCAGAUCAAAAGUAUUUUCUAGAUUGUAGUGUAGACUCUGACAAUGGGGAUGAUUUAAUCAUUACAGUAGAAACUACAGUUGUACCAUCAAAUGAUCCUAAAGAAAAUACUGUAGAAAAAGAAAUACCAACAAAUGAAUCUGAAGGAAUUACUGUAGAAAAUGAAACACCAACAAAUGAAUGUGAAGAAAUUACUGUAGAAAAUGAAACACCAACAAAUGAAUCUGAAGAAAUUACUGUAGAAAAUGAAACACCAACAAAUGAAUCUGAAGAAAUUACUGUAGAAAAUGAAACACCAACAAAUGAAUCUGAAGAAAUUACUGUAGAAAAUGAAACACCAACAAAUGAAUCUGAAGAAAUUACUGUAGAAAAUAAAACACCAACAAAUGAAUCUGAAGGAAUUACUGUAGAAAAUGAAACACCAACAAAAGAAUCUGAAGAAAUUACUGUAGAAAAUGAAACACCAACAAAUGAAUCUGAAGGAAUUACUGUAGAAAAUGAAACACCAACAAAUGAAUGUGAAGAAAUUACUGUAGAAAAUGAAACACCAACAAAUGAAUGUGAAGAAAUUACUGUAGAAAAUGAAACACCAACAAAUGAACCUGAAGAAAUUAGUGUAGAAAAAGAAUUACCAACAAAUGAACCUGAAGAAAUUAGAGUAGAAAAAGAAUUACCAACAAAUGAAACAGAAGAAAUUAGUGUAGAAAAAGAAUUACCAACAAAUGAAACAGAAGAAAUUAGUGUAGAAAAAGAAUUACCAACUAAUGAACCUGAAGAAAUUAGUGUAGAAAAAGAAUUACCAACAAAUGAAACAGAAGAAAUUAGUGUAGAAAAAGAAUUACCAACUAAUGAACCUGAAGAAGUUACUGUAGAAAAAGAAAUACCAUCAAAUGAUCCUAAAGAAAAUACUGUAGAAAAAGAAAUGCCAACAAAAGAAACAAAAGCAAUUACUGUAGAAAAAGAAUUACCAACAAAUGAACCUGAAGAAAUUAGUGUAGAAAAAGAAAUACCACCCAAAAAAUCAGUAAAGAAAUUAAGAAAUCUAGAAGAAACAAAAGUAUCAGAAGCAGAAGAAAUAUCAAUCUCAGAACUUAAAGAGAAAACACUAACUGAAGAAAUACCAGAAUCUAAAACUGUAUCAAGCACCAGAAUAAAUAAAAACACAGCUUCUCACAGUUCAGAGUUGGAUCUAGAAAAUUUGUCGAGUAAAAUGAACUUGAAAUUAAUGAAUUGUAUUUAUGAUAGUGACACUAGUGAUGAGUCUGACCUUAGUCUACCAAGUAUGUCAGAUCAAAAGUAUUUUCUAGAUUGUAGUGUAGACUCUGACAAUGGGGAUGAUUUAAUCAUUACAGUAGAAACUACAGUUGUACCAUCAAAUGAUCCUAAAGAAAAUACUGUAGAAAAAGAAAUACCAACAAAUGAAUCUGAAGGAAUUACUGUAGAAAAUGAAACACCAACAAAUGAAUGUGAAGAAAUUACUGUAGAAAAUGAAACACCAACAAAUGAAUCUGAAGAAAUUACUGUAGAAAAUGAAACACCAACAAAUGAAUCUGAAGAAAUUACUGUAGAAAAUGAAACACCAACAAAUGAAUGUGAAGAAAUUAGUGUAGAAAAUGAAACACCAACAAAUGAAUCUGAAGAAAUUACUGUAGAAAAUGAAACACCAACAAAUGAAUCUGAAGGAAUUACUGUAGAAAAUGAAACACCAACAAAUGAAUGUGAAGAAAUUACUGUAGAAAAUGAAACACCAACAAAUGAAUCUGAAGAAAUUACUGUAGAAAAUGAAACACCAACAAAUGAACCUGAAGAAAUUAGUGUAGAAAAAGAAUUACCAACAAAUGAAACAAAAGAAAUUAGUGUAGAAAAAGAAUUACCAACUAAUGAACCUGAAGAAGUUACUGUAGAAAAAGAAAUACCAUCAAAUGAUCCUAAAGAAAAUACUGUAGAAAAAGAAAUGCCAACAAAAGAAACAGAAGCAAUUACUGUAGAAAAAGAAUUACCAAGAAAUGAACCUGAAGAAAUUAGUGUAGAAAAAGAAAUACCAACAAAAGAAACAGAAGAAAUUAGUGUAGAAAUAGAAAUACCACCCAAAAAAUCAGUAAAGAAAUUAAGAAAUCUAGAAGAAACAAAAGUAUCAGAAGCAGAAGAAAUAUCAAUCUCAGAACUUAAAGAGAAAACACUAACUGAAGAAAUACCAGAAUCUAAAACUGUAUCAAGCACCAGAAUAAAUAAAAACACAGCUUCUCACAGUUCAGAGUUGGAUCUAGAAAAUUUGUCGAGUAAAAUGAACUUGAAAUUAAUGAAUUGUAUUUAUGAUAGUGACACUAGUGAUGAGUCUGACCUUAGUCUACCAAGUAUGUCAGAUCAAAAGUAUUUUCUAGAUUGUAGUGUAGACUCUGACAAUGGGGAUGAUUUAAUCAUUACAGUAGAAACUACAGUUGUACCAUCAAAUGAUCCUAAAGAAAAUACUGUAGAAAAAGAAAUACCAACAAAUGAAUCUGAAGGAAUUACUGUAGAAAAUGAAACACCAACAAAUGAAUGUGAAGAAAUUACUGUAGAAAAUGAAACACCAACAAAUGAAUCUGAAGAAAUUACUGUAGAAAAUGAAACACCAACAAAUGAAUCUGAAGAAAUUACUGUAGAAAAUGAAACACCAACAAAUGAAUCUGAAGAAAUUACUGUAGAAAAUGAAACACCAACAAAUGAAUGUGAAGAAAUUAGUGUAGAAAAUGAAACACCAACAAAUGAAUCUGAAGAAAUUACUGUAGAAAAUGAAACACCAACAAAUGAAUCUGAAGGAAUUACUGUAGAAAAUGAAACACCAACAAAUGAAUGUGAAGAAAUUACUGUAGAAAAUGAAACACCAACAAAUGAAUCUGAAGAAAUUACUGUAGAAAAUGAAACACCAAUAAAUGAAUCUGAAGAAAUUACUGUAGAAAAUGAAACACCAACAAAUGAAUGUGAAGAAAUUACUGUAGAAAAUGAAACACCAACAAAUGAAUCUGAAGAAAUUACUGUAGAAAAUGAAACACCAACAAAUGAAUCUGAAGAAAUUACUGUAGAAAAUGAAACACCAAUAAAUGAAUCUGAAGAAAUUACUGUAGAAAAUGAAACACCAACAAAUGAAUGUGAAGAAAUUACUGUAGAAAAUGAAACACCAACAAAUGAAUCUGAAGAAAUUACUGUAGAAAAUGAAACACCAACAAAUGAAUCUGAAGGAAUUACUGUAGAAAAUGAAACACCAACAAAUGAAUCUGAAGAAAUUACUGUAGAAAAUGAAACACCAACAAAUGAAUCUGAAGAAAUUACUGUAGAAAAUGAAACACCAACAAAUGAACCUGAAGAAAUUAGUGUAGAAAAAGAAUUACCAACAAAUGAAACAGAAGAAAAUACUGUAGAAAAAGAAAUGCCAACAAAAGAAACAGAAGCAAUUACUGUAGAAAAAGAAUUACCAACAAAUGAACCUGAAGAAAUUAGUGUAGAAAAAGAAUUACCAACAAAUGAACCUGAAGAAAUUAGUGUAGAAAUAGAAAUACCAACAAAUGAAACAAAAGAAAUUAGUGUAGAAAUAGAAAUACCACCCAAAAAAUCAGUAAAGAAAUUAAGAAAUCUAGAAGAAACAAAAGUAUCAGAAGCAGAAGAAAUAUCAAUCUCAGAACUUAAAGAGAAAACACUAACUGAAGAAAUACCAGAAUUUAAAACUGUAUCAAGCACCAGAAUAAAUAAAAACACAGCUUCUCACAGUUCAGAAUUCGAUUUAGAAAACUUGUCGAGUAAAACGAACUUGAAAUUAAUGAAUUGUAUUUAUGAUAGUGACACUAGUGAUGAGUCUGACCUUAGUCUACCAAGUAUGUCAGAUCAAAAGUAUUUUCUAGAUUGUAGUGUAGACUCUGACAAUGGGGAUGAUUUAAUCAUUACAGUAGAAACUACAGUUGUACCAUCAAAUGAUCCUAAAGAAAUUACUGUAGAAAAUGAAACACCAACAAAUGAAUGUGAAGAAAUUACUGUAGAAAAUGAAACACCAACAAAUGAAUGUGAAGAAAUUACUGUAGAAAAUGAAACACCAACAAAUGAAUCUGAAGAAAUUACUGUAGAAAAUGAAACACUAACAAAUGAAUCUGAAGAAAUUACUGUAGAAAAUGAAACACUAACAAAUGAAUGUGAAGAAAUUACUGUAGAAAAUGAAACACCAACAAAUGAAUCUGAAGAAAUUACUGUAGAAAAUGAAACACCAACAAAUGAAUCUGAAGAAAUUACUGUAGAAAAUGAAACACCAACAAAUGAAUCUGAAGGAAUUACUGUAGAAAAUGAAACACCAACAAAAGAAACAGAAGAAAUUAGUGUAGAAAAAGAAUUACCAACAAAAGAAACAGAAGAAAUUAGUGUAGAAAAAGAAAUACCACCCAAACAAACAGUAAAGAAAGUCAGAAAUCUAGAAGAAACACAACUAUCAGAAGUAAUACUAAAUUUGGAGACUAAAGAAACGCAAGCUUUGGAAACAACAAAGUUAUUAUCUUUGGAAAGUAAAGAGGCAGAAUUAUUUGAAACAAAAGAUUUAGAUCCAUUAAUAUCCACUCCGUCACAAUCAUUCGCAACAAAAGAUUUACCAUCAUCGGAAUUAACAGAGCCAUCGACAUACUUUCACGAGAGUGACUUUAAUGAUCAGUCUAACAACUGUCCAAUAACAAUUCUACAUAAAUCAUAUUUUCUUGACUGCAGUGUAGAUUCAGAUGACCAAGAUUGCUUACAAAAUAGCUGUGUUAUUAAUAGUGACAAAGUUCAAGCUUCAGAUUCAUAUAAUCUCGAAUUAUUAUUGCAGAGGGAAUCACAAAAUUUAGAGCUCAAAAUUUCCGAAGCAAUAAUAACAUCCACUUUGGAAAUCACACAAGUUCAAUCAUCUGAAACAGAAGAUGUAUACGUGUCAGCAAGCAAAGACGUUCAAACAUCUGAAGACACAGACGUUAAAACUUUUGUAGACACAGACGUACAAACAUCUGUAGACACAGACUUUAAAACAUUUGUAGAGACAGACGUACAAACAUCUGUAGACACAGACGUUCAAACAUUUGUAGAGACAGACGUACAAACAUCUGUAGACACAGACUUUAAAACAUUUGUAGAGACAGACGUUCAAACAUCUGUAGACAUAGACGUUCAAACAUCUGAAGACAAAAACGUUCAAACAUUUGUAGAGACAGACGUUCAAACAUCUGUAGACAAAGACGUUCAAACAUCUGUAGACAAAGACGUUCAAACAUCUGUAGACAAAGACGUUCAAAUAUCUGAAGACAUAGACGUUCAAACAUCUUAUUUAACCACAGAAUUCGCAACAAACGCAAAUCAGGUCUCAGUGAGAUACCCUUCUUCUUCAGAAACUGCUACACUAAUAUCAAAUUUAAUUACGUCACCAGACAUCUUUCUGCCACAAUCUAAAGAUUCGUUUACAAAUGUAGUUUCUUCAGUAUCAUCCCCCAUCUCAACAUCGAAUACUGAUCACCUUUCAUUGCAAGACAAUAGAUUGAUACAUGACGCCGUAGAAAAUGUUAACUCCACAGAUUCCAAAGAGAUCCCUCAAGGAAAUAGUAUUCUAGAAUGCAACCAUUAUUUAGAGCACGGUGUUUCUUUGUCAGAAGCUACUUGUGAAGACUCAAAUAAUAAACGUACCACUGAGAGCUAUUCCAAAACUAAAGAUUCAAGGAUACAACUCAACUCUGCAGAAGUCUCAGAAAAUGAACAAGACACAAACGCUGUUGACUUUUACGACACGAAUUCGGAUGAUGAGCUCUCUACAGUCAUGCCAGUUCUUCCACAAAAAUCUUAUUUUUUAGACUGCGGCAUAGAUUCUGACAAUGACGAAACUUUAAACAUAAUAAUCGGCAAUGAAAAGUGUAAAGUAGUGGACGAGAGCUCAGCAUUAAGUAGGUUCAGGGAAUUCUUUCUCAAAGAUAGUCAGAAGAUUUCUACAGUUAAAAAGGAUGCCAUUCUUGAAAAUAAAGAAUCUAAAAUAAAUGAAGGCAGUAGCGUUCACUAUUAUGCAAAACAAGAGCCUCUAGCAGUGAUAGCUAAGAAUUUGAAUGUCACUUCAUUAGAUAAUGAGAUGUCCAUGUUUAAGUCUCAUGAGGUCAAUGGACUUCAAAUAAAUUCAAAUCCAGAACACGAAGUCAUUGUAUCAGAACCAAACGAUGUCUUCGCAUUUAAUCACAAUAAGGGCGCUUUUGUAGAAAGUAAAUGUACAGAUGUACAAAAUACUGAUGAUUCAAUAUUUCAUCCAAGUCCUGAAAUCAGAGUCUGUUCAAAUGAUAUCGUCCUACCAGAAACUGAAGUCUCUAUUAUCAGUGAAACACUCUUAUCGGAAAUGAAUGAUCUCUCAUGUGAUUUAUCAUCCAACAUUUCAUCAUUGGCAUCUCAAGGCAGUGCAACUCAAAUCGUUGUACAAAAGAGUAAAAGUCACACUGCACUGACAGAUCUUAACGUACGUGGCUCUGAUGCUGAGGUCAUGCCAAGUAAUAUUCUACAGAAAGAUAAAGAAACUGUAUCCGUUCUAACGAAUUCUGAUAAUAACGAGUUGAAUGAAAUGCCUAUUAAUUACCUGUCUCCUAAUCAUGACCUGAAAGCUUCCGCGACUGAAAUGAAAGCAGAAGAGAACAUGCAACUGUGUACGUUAUUCUAUCAAAGCGAUUCAGAAGAGGAAGAAACCCAAGACGACAGAUUUGUUAACUUUGUGAGUAAACCUUAUUUUGUCAACUGUGCCAUUGAUUCGGAUGAUGAAUUAGAUGUUGAGAAUUGUCGCAAGAAUAUCUCGCUCUGUGCAUGGACAUUGACUGACAAUGAAUCGCUAGACAUCGUAUCUAAUCAUGGUCAGGGAAUCAUCUCAAUGAGUGAGGAUGUCGAUACUUCCUUAGAAGAAAUUCAGUAUUUGGAAUGUAUUGACUUCAACCGAAAGACAAACAUCAGAACUAAUCUGAGAACACAAAAUAAAAACUCUGAAAAAACUGAAACAAUUGAAGGAACAUAUACCAGCGACCCUCACAGAACACCAGAUAACGAGGCUGGUGAUGACACUCACAAAGCAUCUGAUAACGAGGCUGAUGACGACUCUUCAUCGUCAGCAGUUGAAUCUAGAUGUAGUAGUUCAUCUGUAGAGAAAGAUCUUUUUAAUUCGGCAACAUGUUUUGUUCCUCACGAAAGAGAAGAGUCAGCUGAAGCUUCCCAGAAUCAAACGAACACGCCUAGCCAAGCUAGUUUAGUUCCUUUUAAUCCUGGCGCCUGUUCGCCUGCAGCAGCACAAAGACACGAUGUGGAGGAUCUGGCUUAUGACGACGAUGACACUGCGGAUCCCUGGGCCGGCAAAGGCUUUUGCUUGUUGCUUGUUGUGUCGCAAACAAAGCGACAACUUAAUGUAUUGUACUUUCUGCUACACUGUCAAAUACUGCAGUGAAAAAUGUCGCAGAAAGGACGAGACAAACCAUGCAGAGACCUGUGAGAGAUUUGAACGAUUUCAAGAAAUGAAGAAUACAGCCGAGUCAAUGACAAAUCAUUCAAAUAACCAAUUAGUUUGUCAUUUCCACAAAAUGCCACACAAAGGUCAGUCCAAUAUAUCAGUCCUAACGUUCGUGACAACACAGUUUUAAGAGUACAGCAAUAUGUCAUGUCCUAUAGCCUACAAAUACCGACAAGUCCCAGUCGGCUGUGAGUGUUUUGGCUGAAAUUAUUCAAAUCCAUUCCAAUUCCAGACAUUAUCUACUAACUUUACAGGAUGCUUCAGGGAAGACAACUGUAUUGAAGAUCAGUAAGAAUGCAGAGAAGCAUAUCAAUCGUUUUAACGGACUCGGCCUUCCCAUUGAACUCUCAGACUAUCUCAAAGAAGGAAAUUUUGUUUUGCUCAACUCUCCAUUCUGGCACCGAAGAUCUGGGCAUCUGGAGCUAGUUGACCAGAGGGAUAUUCAGAUUAUUUCCAGUCCCGAGAAUCAGUUCGAUGUGGAAUCGUUCAUGGAUGAUAUGUUUUAAAGAAUGUUUGUAUCAUUACAGUCAUGUGAAAUCUUUGUAAUUUUAGUAUUAGAUAUGAACAAUACAUAUUAUUAUGUACUAUCAACUGACAGAAUACAAAGAAAAAAAAAAUUCCUUAAUAGUCACUGAUAACAACAUUAUCUUAAAUAGCAUAUUAUUUAUAUACAGAGCUAUUGAUAGCCAGGGGAGGGGUGGACAUUAAUGAAACAUAAUCCCGUCAGCUAAUUACCGAACAUUUAAUGAUUGUAAAUCAACUAUAAAUCAGUGUCGAUUCUUUUUUUCUAAAUGUUUUUUUAAUCAAUAGUUAUUAAAUAUAUUAUAAUGUUGUUUUUUUUAAAAUCCUAAACAGACGUCACACUGAAGUAACAUGUUUUCUUUAUUUAACUUUAAAUAGCUCUUUCAGGAUUUUUUUUUUUUUUUAUUAUAAUGUUUUGUAACGACAUUUGAAACAAUGCGGCCUUUGGAGCUCUAAUCAAACGUCAGGACCUUCGCACAAUGUGAUAAGGGAUAGAUGCCAAUACAGUUGCCUCGAUUAGUUUGUAGUUUGUUAAUGACAAAUAUAUCACUCUAGUACUUAUAUGAAAGUACGGUGUAAAGUUUUUAUUGUAAUAUAAAAAUGGUGUAAAGGUUUUCUGGUGAUAUAAACUACAGCGUAACGUUUGUCUGGUGAUAUAAACUACGGUGUAAUGCUUGUUUGAUGAUAUAAAAUAUGGUGUAAUGCUUUUGUGGUGAUAUAAACUGCUGUGUAACGUUUUUCCGGUGAUAUAAAAUAUGAUGUAACGGUUUUCUGGUGAUUUAAACUACAGCGUAACGUUUGUCUGGUGAUAUAAACUACGGUGUAACGCUUGUUUGAUGACAUAAAUUAUGGUGUAAUUUUUUUUCUCGUGAUAUAAACUGCGGUGUAACGUUUUUCUCGUGAUAUAAAAUAUGGUGUAACGUUUUUUCUGGUGAUAUAAAAUAUGGUAUAACAUUUUUUUUGGUGAUAUGAAAUAUGGUGCAACGUUUGUCUGGUGAUAUAAACUGCGGUUGUAACGUUUCGGACAUUUUUAAUGAAUUUUCAACCAAAAUUUCUUAUUGCAACGUAUAUGUUACCGGCAAAAUAGAAAUUAGAAAUGUGAACAAAACAAAACAAAACAAAAAAAAAAAAAAACGAUAAGAAGUUUCAAUAAGCUGAUCUCUCAUUCCUCAUUUAGUGAUCUUUCAAUGUGGCAUCCAUGACAUUUAAUUGGUCUUCCUUUUUUUUUCGUACUCUUCUCUUUAGGUCUCUAUAUAUCUCCAUGGCAUUUCUUCAUAUCUCUUUCUCUUCUUUUUCUCUUUACUGAAUUUCAUUACUUCAAAGACUCAAGUGAGAUUGUAGAAUUCAAAGUGUAACAAAGAGUAGAUCACUUGGUUUAACUUUAAAUGUUCAAAUCAUCCCCAGUUUAAAACGGAGUAAAUCUACACUAUUGUGACGGUAAUUUACGAAAACAUUUUCUAAUCCAUAUUUUUACUUUUGAUUUCAAUUUUUAUUUUUAUAAAAUGGAAGUAGGAAGUAGAUAAGACUGUACUUGUGACAAAAAUCUCUGAAUAAUCGAUCAUGGUCUAGAUAUCGAAGGCUACAUUACUUUGUAAGAGAUUUAUUCCCCGUGCGAACACAUCUCAAAGGUCAUAUAUUGGGGACCAUGAGUUAAAAUUAUUGAAACGGUAUGAAUGGAUUAAAGUGGGAUCCAUGUUUAGUCGGUGAGAGGUAGGCUUAGAAACUUAGAUAAUUAUACAUUUAUUUUAAUUAAUAAGUUAAGAUUUAGAUCUAUUAAGUAAAAAUAAUGAUACUAAACUAGAUUUAACAGUCUUUAAAUUAUAAUCUAUACAGUUUUUUUUCAAUUCAGUUCAGACACUGCGUGUCUAAAAAUAUACUGUCUAUAGAGUCUAUAAAAAUAUGUAUGUCUUUAUCUUAUUCUUGUAGCCAGCUUUUUGCUGCUGAGCUGUCAGCUCUUUUGCAGACUGUGCCAAUGAAGAAUAGUGUGCUGUUUUCUUCAGUUGUUCAGCACUGCCAUACAGGGUGUUGGUUAUGUUGGGCUGUAGUGGUAGUGGGAUCUGCCUAAGGUGGGUUAGUGAGGGGCAUUCAAAGAGGAUAUGGUUUACGGUUUCGUAGGAGUGUGCGCAGUAGGAGUGUGCGCAGUGUCUACAAAGGGGAAGUUGUGUGGAAUUUAUUUCAUUUAGAUUGUAAUUUAACAUAGGUGUGUGUCCUGGCAUUUGUUAGAAGAUUGUAGAUUGCUCUUUGCGGGGGAGGAAGUUAAUACUGUCCAGUUUGUUAGGCAUGUUCAUUUCUUUGUACAUGGCUCUGCAUGUGUUUCCUGUUGCCCAUCCUCUUUGUGGUUGUUGAUUAACAUUGACCUUAGGGUGAGGUAGUUAACAGGUCUAUCUGGUUGUUCCAUAGAUGAUCCUGCCUUUGAAAGCUUAUCUGGCCUUUCAUUUCCCAUGACUUCAAUGUGUCCAGGGAUCCACUGCAAUGUGAUGUUGAUGUUUAAUUUUGUCAUCAUCUGAUGCGUUAUCACUAUUAGUGUUGUUAACUCUCUUGGGCUUUUUGUGGUGCUGCUGAUAAGUGCUUGAAGAGUGGAUUGGGAAUCUGUAAAGACAACAAUAUCUGAUGGUGAUUGUAUCCCUUCAUAUAAUUUGUUUUCGACUGUCUGCUAAGCAAUCUAAUCUUAUAAAAUACAGACGUUACUUCAAAAAAAAAAAAAAAGAUGAUUACUUCCUACGCAUCAUACAUCUAGACAUGCAUAUUGACCAAUGACUUAAAUUCUGUCAAGUCACUGGUUUUCCUGGCUGGCUCAGGCAGCCCAUUCCAUGCACUAUUAGCACUAGGGAAGAAGGAGCAUUUGUACAAAUUUGUCCUGGUAUAUGUUGUAUGACAUUGUGCUUUUCCAUUUUUUUAAAUGUAUGUCAUGAGGCAAUAUUCUAUACUCCUCAAUCUACACGCUUUCUUUUUUUGAUUGACGUUUAUGUAUUAUUUUUGACAGAUGUAAAACAACUUUCUGACAUUUUAUUUAAUAAAAACAAUUUUAAGCAUUGUCUGUGUUAUUGUUGCCCAAUUUAAUAAAUGAUAUUGAGAUUGAGACAUUCA